CACUCACUCACUCACUCACUCCUCCUGUGUUUCUGCCAUGGCGGACGCAAACAUCUCUCAGGUGGCAGCCGUGUACGUGAACCCUCGUAGUCAAGUUCCCGUUCUGGACGUCCAUGACGCUUACACGGACUUCUACGACAUGGACUAUGGCGUUCCUGCUGAUGAGAUGCCGGACACCACGCAGGGACUGGCCUACUUCGUGGCCACCAUCGUCAUCGGAGCGGUCCUGAUCUGUAUCAUGCUGGUGUGCGGCUUCGGAAACUUGUUGUUCAUCGCCACUCUGGCCCGAUACAAAAAACUCAGGAACCUCACCAACCUGCUGAUCGCUAACCUGGCCAUCUCCGACUUCAUCGUGGCGGUGGUUUGCUGCCCUUUCUUGGUGGAUUACUACGUGGUCAAGCAGCUCUCCUGGGACCAUGGGAAAGUGCUGUGUGCCUCCGUCAACUACCUCAGGACUGUGUCUCUGUACGUGUCCACCAAUGCCUUACUGGCCAUCGCCGUUGACAGGUAUAUGGCCAUCGUUCAUCCCUUGAGGCCCAGAAUGAAGCUCCAGACGGCAUACUGUCUCAUCACUGGGGUGUGGGUCGUCCCAGUGUUCAUUUCCAUACCGUCCGCAUACUUCGCGUCCGCCACCAAAGUCCCCAACGGGGCGAACCGCAGCAAGACCUUCUGCGCCCAGAUCUGGACGGUGGACCAGCAGCUGUACUACCGCUCGUACUUCCUCUUCAUCUUCGCGGUGGAGUUCGUCGGGCCGGUGCUCACCAUGGCCCUGUGUUACCUGCGCAUCUCCCAGGAACUCUGGUUCAAGAGCGUGCCGGGUUUCCAGACGGAGCAGAUCCGCAAGCGCCUGCGCUGCCGGAGGAAGACGGUCAUGGUGCUCAUCGGGAUCCUCACGGCGUACAUCCUCUGCUGGGCUCCGUACUACGGAUACACAAUCCUGCGGGAUUUCCACCCGACGCUCAUCUCGCGGGAGCGCAACUCCCUGGUGGCGUUCUACAUCAUCGAGUGCAUCGCCAUGAGCAACAGCAUGAUCAACACCUUCUGCUUCGUCAGCGUGAAGAACAACACGGUCAAAUACUUCAAGAGGAUCGUUCUUCUGCGCUGGAAAUCCACAUACACCUCCAGGAAGACCGUGGAGGAGACGGACAUCCAUCCCAAUCUCACCGAAUGUAAGAAGGGAGCCGAACUGAGUGGUUUUCACGUCACCCACAUUACAGACGAUUAAAGAGGACUGGUAACACUUUACAGUGAGGUUCAUUCGGUAACUAACAU